AUGAUUCGUAAUUUCACAAAAGGAUUAUUAAUAAAUAAUCUUAAUAUUAAUAAAUUUGGAUCUACUAAAAUUAGACCAUUUUGUUCAACAAUAACAAAAAAUGAUAAAAAUAAUGUAAUUAAUAUUUUAAAAAAAAGAGGAUUUAUACAUCAAAUGACAGCAAGUGAUAUUGAAAUGAUAAAAAUGACAUCAACAAACAAUAAUAAUAAUAAUGAUAAUAAUAAUAAUAAUAAUAAUAAUAAAGUUUCAUUAUAUGCAGGAUUCGAUCCAACAGCAGAUAGUUUACAUAUUGGUAAUUUAUUAACAUUAAUGGUAAUGUUACAUUUUAAAAGACAUGGUCAUAACCCAAUUGCAUUAAUGGGUGGAGCAACAGCUUUAAUUGGUGAUCCAAGUGGUAAAUCAAGUGAUCGUGUAAUGUUAACAGAAGAAUUUAUUGAAGGUAAUUUAAAACAUAUUAGAGAGAAUAUUACAGCUGUACUUGGUGAAGAUACAUUGGUUGUCAAUAAUAUUGAAUGGAAUAAAACAAUGGAUGUAAUUUCAUUCCUUCGUGAGGUUGGUUCUUACUUUAGAGUUGGUUCAAUGAUUAAAAAAGAUUUCAUUCAAAAUAGAUUAUCAGAUUCAAAUGAAAAUGGUAUUAGUUUCACAGAGUUUUGUUAUUCACUUUUCCAAGCAAACGAUUUCGCUCACCUUUUCUUAAAACAUGGAUGCUCCAUCCAAAUCGGUGGUUCAGACCAGUGGGGUAAUAUCACGGCCGGUUGCGAUUUAAUUAGAAAGAAGCUAAAAGGAAAUGCACAGGGUAUCACCAUUCCCCUCUUGACAAACAGUGCAGGUAAAAAGUUGGGCAAAAGUGAGGGUAACUCAAUUUGGCUAUCACCUCACAGAACCUCUCCAUAUAAAUUCUAUCAAUAUUGGAUCCAAGUCUCUGAUGAGGAUGUUGAGAGAUUAUUAAAACUUUUCACCCUCAUACCAUUGGAGGAGAUCUCAAUAUUGGUUCAAAAACAUAAUGAAAAUCCUCAUCUUCGUUUAGGUCAAAAAACAAUUGCUGAACAUGUUACUCGUUUAAUUCAUGGCCAAAAAGGUGUUGAAGAGGCAUUAAAUACAACUGAAUUAUUAUUUGGUGAGAGUAAUAAACUUUUAACACCAAAUGCUUCAACUACAAAAAUUGGUGAUUUUGAUAUUGGUUAUCUUUUAUCGCGUGUAAACUUUAUAGAAUUAGAACGUUCAAAAUUUGUAGAUAAUCAAACUGAACCAAUUUUAAAUUUAUUUGCUCAAAUUUCUGACGCAUCAAAAUCAAAGGUUAAACAAUUACUUCAAUCAAAAUCAAUCUACUUAAAUAAUAUUCCUGUAGCUUCAAAUUCUCAAUUCAUUCAAUCUUCUGAUCUUAUUGCAAAUGAUUUUAUUUAUUUAAAAUCUGGAAAAAAGAUUUAUUAUUUAAUUAAAUUUAUAUAA